UCUUGAUCCACAAUCAACACUGAUGCUCCUUCUUUUCAACAUUGAUUCCUUUCUUCCGUUUCUUAGUUUCUAACACUCUUUGAUUCUCUUGUUUUUCUUCCCUUUUAUACCACACAGGUGAACUCUUUGUGACGGUCUCCACUUAGACACAAACAAGUAAAAAAACAGCUGGAAGAUCAUCUCAGAUAUCGUGAAGAAUGGCGGAUUGGGGGCCGGUGGUGAUAGCGGUGGUGCUGUUCGUGCUGCUGAGUCCUGGGCUGCUGUUCCAACUGCCGGGGAAGGGCAGGGUGGUGGAGUUUGGGAACAUGCAGACGAGCGGGAUAUCGAUCCUCGUCCACACCAUCAUCUUCUUCGGCCUCCUCACCAUCUUCCUCAUCGCUAUUGGUGUUCAUAUCUACACUGGAUGACCAUUACCUUAAUUUCCUUUUUAGAGAUUUGCUUAUUAUAUCUUUUAAUUUCAAUAUGCAUGUUUGGCAAUUUAUUUGAAACUUUGUUCAGAUUGUUUGUUUUGAAUUUGAGCAGUACUGUUUGAUGUUCUAAGUUUUUCCUUAUCAUCGUUAACAAAUUGGUGAGGAUGUGUUUCUUAAUGUGGGGAAAGCAUGUACCUCUCUAAACUUUUUAUUUUUUGUGUGAACGUCAUUAGUUCUUUA